AGCUUCAGAGAUAGAUGGACAACUUCAACUCCGAUGGAAGACCCACUCCUGAACCAGGAAGGGGGAAUUAAAAGAUGACCCCAGCCGGGUGUCAAAUACACCGGGAACGGGGCUGGGCUUGCCGUUAACGUCUGCAGAAUGAAUCCACGACGGAGGGUGCAGUUCCACAUCGUGCCCACGAGGUGCCGCUGUUCCCAAAUCAAGGCCCGCUCUUCCUCAAAUCCAGCGGGGAGGAGGUUUAGCCUUCUUUCUAUCCCCCUCUGAAUCUCCAAGGAUCUUACCCUGGAACUCAGAUUGAACUGAACCCUUGGCUUGUCAGCUGAUCUUCUCAGUGGACCCCCAGGCAGCCAUGGACGUGGGUCUCUCGGGCCUCCCAGUGGUAUCUCAGGGUCGCAGCAAGACCCUGAGGGGCAGGGGCCCAGUUGUGCGGCGGCAGCGGGAGUUCAUGCCCGAAGAGAAGAAGGACAUGGUUUACUGGGAGAAGCGGAGGAAGAACAACGAGGCGGCCAAGAGAUCCCGGGAGAAGCGGCGUCUCAACGACGUAGCCCUUGAAGGCAGGCUGGCCACGCUGCUGGAGGAGAACGCUCUGCUCAGGGCUGAGCUGUGGGCACUCAGGUGUCGCUUUGGCCUUUUGCCCUCCGUUGCUGGCUCCCGGACCCUGCCCCUGCAGGCACUGCUGUGGGAGGCCCCCUGGACUGGAGACCCCCGCCCUAGGGCCCAGCCACUCCCCUCCCUCCCUGGCUCCCAUGGCUGCCUUUUGAGGCCAUGCGCUCUGGACACUGGGGUUCCAGGAUGCCGGGGCUGCCUGGGGGCUCACAAGUGGACUGGUCUGGCCGCUUCCCCCAGGUGCCCCCAGGACCCUGUUCCCCCCAACCCCAAGAGAAUGGACAUGGCCUUGCAGGCUGCCCUCCCAGCCGCCUUCUUCAGCUGUCACCUCCUGGAUGGGCAUGGGGGGACCAGACCGGAGCUCAGGCCCUUUUGGGGGCUGUGGUCACCCAUGGCCUCUGGUUACCAGGCUUCUGGGCCCUCAGAUGUGUUGCUGACACCCACUGCUGAUCCAGUGGAGCUGCCUCCUGGGUUGGCCUAUCCUGUCCCAGGGAAUGAUCUUGAGCGUCUUACUCAGCCCUCCCUGCCCCACAAACUGCGCGUCAAGUCCCAAGCCUUGGGCAGGGGACCUCCAGGGUGGGGGGAUGGCCGGGGCCCCCUCUGAGGGCUUCCCCCGGGCAGGGCCGGGCCCACAAGGUGGUGUUGGGACUGAGCAUGGGUAUGUCUGGGGAAGAUGAGUGGCUUGCCCCUGACUCAGCUCCCCGGCUGGGCAAGGGCCUUGGAGGGGUCCACUUGUCAGUGUCCAGGCCUCUGGGAGGAGGGGAUGGGGUUUCAUCUUGGAUCGUACCCUGGUUCCCAUCCUGCCUAAAAUAUGUGUUGUGGGUAGUCCCUUUCUCCUCCCUCCCCCUUUUCCUUCCUUUCUUCCACCUUCUCUCCCUCCUUCCU